AUGCCCGAGGAGAAAAUGGAGGCUGUGACGCUUCUUACUACUAGGACGUUUCCCCCCUCCCAAUUUAUUCAUAUCAUUACAUCGCAAUGCCUUCACGCUGCAACGAUGGAGGGUUGUCUGUGCUACGGCACCUUCAUCUGUGUUGUUCUUCUACCAUAUUUCUCACCUCCCCAUCGCCGAGGCCAUGAGGGGGCUUUACCAAAGCGGCAGAGCCUGGGACAGGCUCGGUCCUGUGGCAGAGCCACGACGACUAAUAAAAGUAACUUCCUUCCUCGACUCAGAGGCGGACCGAUACCAGCUGUAAGACGUCUAGUCGAGCCACUUUCCAGCUCGGCUGAUGACAGUCUAUCGACUCGCGGUGGGACUGGUUCGAGUCCAAGUCUGAAUAGCAAGUCACAUUCUUGGACUCCUGAACGUGGAUUACUCGAGGCCGGUACGCCCACCACCAUUUACGAAUACUUUGCUCUUGCAAAUGGAGCCAAACCCUGGAUUUCUUUCCAAGCUGCGCCGCGACCGUAG